GUCACUUUGAGGGACUGGUGUGUGUGCAGAAGAAUCAGCAAUGAUGAAGUGCUUGUAUCUUUUGUCUGUUGUGUUUCACAUCGCUGCAGGCUGUGAUCUCUCUGGUGAUAAUCAGACAGAAAUCACAGGACACAAAGGUGGUUCAGUGCUGGUACCCUGCUCCUGCUCUGACCUGCACAACAAACCUCAGAAAUUCACCUGGUGGAGCUACAGAACAGGACCUGCAACAGAAAUGUUAAACGAUGAACACUACCGUGGCAGACUUCAGCUGUUUAAUCACGUUUCUCCUGGUAAUCUGUCUCUGCUCAUAUCUGACCUGAGAGAAGAGGAUGAGGUAGACUACUGGUGCAAGACUGAGAAGGAACACAGAGACAUCACGCUUCAUGUUAAAGUAGGAAUAAGAGAAACUUCAACACACUCGAGGAAAACAGACACAACAUCUCCAUCAGAACCGCCUCAGAGUACAACAACAAACUCUCCACCUGCAUCAUCCUCAACAACACUGGAACAAGAUAAACAGCAAACACAGAGCAGCCUCCCUCUAGGCUGUGCUCUCUCUGCUGAUAAUCCGGGACAAAUCACAGGACACAAAGGUGAUUCAGUGCUGUUACCCUGCUCCUGCUCUGACCUGCACAGCAAACCUCAGAUAUUCACCUGGAGAAGCUACAGAACAGGACAUCCGACAGAAGUGUUAAAUGAUGAACGCUACCGUGGCAGACUUCAGCUGUUUAAUCACAUUUCUCCUGCUAAUCUGUCUCUGCUCAUAUCUGACCUGAGAGAAGAGGAUCAGGGAGUCUACAGGUGCAACGCUGAGAAGGAACCCAGAGACAUCUGGCUUUUUAUUAAAGUAGGAAGAAGAGAAACUUCAACACACUCGAAGAAACCAGACACAACAACUCCAUCAGAACCGCCUCAGAGUAAAACAACAAACUCUCCACCUGCAUCAUCCUCAACAACACUGGAACAAGUUUUUUGCGUGAAGAUGUGAAGAUUGGGUCUGAUGUCACUGUAUUUACUACUGUUAUUUACAUUUACUACUCUACUGACCCACAUUAACACAGCCGGAGCAGCAGAUCAUCACUGGACAGAAAACUGAAUAUAGCAGCAUUAUAACAAACUAAUCCAGAGUAAAUAUAGACACAUGCUCAGAUAUUAUAGAAUAAUGCUGAAAACAUAUAUUAAAUACACACCAUGGCCAGCACGGGAUUCACAAUAUUGACUUUUUCAGAUUUUUAUACAUUUUACAAUUAAAUAUCAGAUUCAGGCAUAAACAUGUGUGUUACAUUUACUUAUGUUAGCUAAGUGUAUUGUUCUGCAUUCAUUGUUUAUCAUUAAUUGCUGAUGGAUAAUCUCGCUAAUUAUAUUUUGAGUGUACGUGUCAUUUUAUAUC